AUGGCGAAACCCACACUAUUAGCAGCUUCCUUAGUGAUUGCACUUUAUAUGGUUGCCGUUGCAGCAGCUGCUCCCCACUCCUCCACUCCGGGUGGCGAGUACUCCGAACACGCAAGAACCAAAGGCCUGAACCGUUGCGAGAAAUUCUUGAGGGAGAGCUGCCGGAGAGUGAGGGAUGACAGCUGCCGUCAGCGGCUGCAGUUAUGCUGCGGGGAAUUAGAGCGAAUUGAGGCGCGACGGCGGUGCACGUUGGUAAGACAGCUGGUGAAGAGACAGCUGGACGAUUUCAGUGGUAAAGGAAUGCGAGAGAUGUUGCAGAAGGCUCGAAACUUACCGGCUCUGUGCCGCAUGGGAAUCGGCCGCUGUGACAUUCGAGUUCCGGUUCCACAGUCUUGGUUUACUAAUUAUGGCCCUGUGAUUGAAUCCUAA